UCGGUUGAGUCAACGCAUAUCCGGCAUUGACAAGAGUCUUCCGAAGAGCCCUGUCCUUUAUCUCCCGCAUGAAAUUUUGUGCAAUGUGUCGAAUACAGUAAACAUGCGUUGAUGUAGGGUUUUGCCACCCGUUUGCUGGAUUGUUGUACGCACUCUCGAUGGCAGCAUGUCUGUCUGAAAUCAAGCAAAGUCCAGGUUGGGGGGCAACGUGUGUCCGAAGAUUUCUGAGAAAGAAACCCCAGCCUCCAGCAGUUUCUCCUUCCACAAGAGCGAAAGCAACAGGAAAGAUGUUACUAUUUCCGUCUUGAGCCACAGCCAUCAACAUGGUGCCUUUAUAUUUUCCGUACAACCAAGUACCAUCUAUUUGAAGAAUUGGUUUGCAAUAUGAAAAUCCUUGUACACAUGGGCGGAAAGCCCAGAAGAGCCUGUGGAAUAUGACAUUUCCUUGAAGUGAUGUUCCGUCUGGAGAUUGCGCCGGAAGGGUCUCUAAAAUAGUAACAGUCCCAGGAGCAUACAUUUGAAGCGCAUAUAAGAAAUGUGGGAGUCGUUUAUACGAAUCCUCCCAAUUUCCAUACACAACUUCGAUCGCCUUGGUCUUCGCCAGCCACGCCUUUCUAUAAGACGGAGUGUAGUUGUACGUUGCAACGAUAUGAGAGAUUAUUGUUUUCACCUUUAACGAUGGAUCUUUUUCAACUAGAGGCAGGAUUUCUUGACAAAUGAUGUCAUAACUGAGCUUACGGUGAUCUUGUGAAACGUUUGUGUUAACACAUGUGUGAUCUUGGGAAAUAUAUCCUAUAACCCAUGAGUCACUUCUCUUCCUGUAUGAUGCAUGCAACCUGAAUCCACAAUCAGUGUUACUACAGUAAAUUUUGUACCUUUCGACAUUGGCGCGAUCAACUCUAAAAUCAACAUUGUUUGCCAUAUGAAAUCUUUUUAUCGCCAUGAUACAUGCCUCCUUAGAACGAAAUUUGUCUCCUACUUUUAACCGUUGAUCUGUUUGGGUGUAUGGGUCAUAGAAAAUAUCAGUCGAUGGUUCGUCAUCCCCAUCAAAAUUCAGGUUCCUCAUGUGCACUGGAGGCAUAUGCACUUGAUCUCGUGGUACAACAACUUCCGGUUCAUCCUCACUUUCCUCGUUUACCAGGUCAUCAACUUCUAUUUCCGGUGCUUCUUCUUCUUCAUCCACAACGUCGACCUCUGCUUGCUCGUCUCCAAGUGCAUCAAUGACCUGUGACUCAACCAUCUGUGUGGGUUGAACUUCAGGUAGAGUAACAUACAGUUCUAUGCAUUCGUAACCAGAAUACUCAUGAUUGGCAAACAUAUUCUGCAUGUCUUCAUCGUCUUUGAUCUCAACUUGGAUAAACUUGACCGGGUUGUCCCCACGAAGAAAUCGAUAUUGGUAAAAAAUCUGGGAUACACCACCCAUUGCAAGCUUCGUCUCUAAUCUCCCUUUGAAGUAACUGAAAUUUGCUUUUCUGCUUAAACAAAAUCGUUUAACCUCAGUGUUUCUAAACAGAAAACCAACUUCUUCGUUGUCAUAGGUCUCGCCAAAAAUAUGAGCGUUGAUAAUGUAUUGUGGAGGGGCCAUUGUUGAGUGGGUAGAGAGUUUUAUUUCAAAUAUGUAAUCAGAUGUGUAAUGUGUUGUGUUAGUUUACACGUUAUAGGUUUCCUUUAUGUAGACGAACAUUGAGUGAUGACAAUUAUGAAGGCGAAAACUAUACAAUCACAUGCGUACUGAGUUGAUUUGAUGAAUAAAUGACACUGCUGCACACCAGACUGUUUCACAAUUGAUUUGAGGUGUGCAUGACAGUGCUGAACUGUUGCACAGUCGACUUGACCAGACACAACCAUACUGUACAAUCACAUGCGAAUAAAGUUGACGGAAAAUGAAUGCCUGAGUUGAUUUGAGGUGUGCUUGACACUGGUGAACUACAGUCGACUUGACCAGACACAACCAUACUGAACAGUGUACACUGUACAAUCACAUGCGAAGACUGUAUGCUAAUUAUUUUCGGUGACACAGAAAACCCUAACCAAACCCUAACCCUAAAUUUUCAAAAAAAAAACAUAGAAAACCCUAACCAAACCCUAACCCUAAAUUUUCAAAAAAAAAAAAUAUCAGUAGCAUGUAGGCGCCACCUGGGGUGGCGCAUUAGACCAAUUUUUCCCAGCAUGGCGCCACCUGGGGUGGCGCAUUAGUGUUCUUUCUUUUUUUUUUUGUUUUUUUUUGCCCUAAUUUUGUCUAGUGGUCCCCACUGCCAAAACCCUAAUCUGAUCCGCCAGCAUGUGAUUUACCUGCAUCGAAAUACUGUAUGCAUGCAUGCCUAGACAAUUCAGCACCGAACACGGGAUGCAGGCCUAGUCUAUUCUGCCAGAAACAAUUAAUGCAUGCAUGCUUAGACAAAGUCAGCACAAAACACGGGAAUGCAUGGUCAUUUCAACACAGAAUGCAUGUGAACCCAUCUUUAUCACUUUGAUAUCUGUAUCACAUGCAUGCUCACCACUUGGCCCUCAUGCACUUAACAUCAGCAACCACCAACCCUCUAUAAAUACUCUCAUAUACUUGCUUUCUUUUCACCAACAUAUAUUCUUCUUCUUCAAAAAACCACUUUGCAUUUUCAAUCCGCAGAAAACUUAAAGAGUUCUUGAAAAUGGCUCAACAACUUCUUACCAUGGGUGAAACACACAGAGGAACUAGAGCGAAUUUGGCGACCUUUGCUGUUGACCGAUUCCGUACACGUUCUCACGCUUACGUUGAACCCGACGAGAGGAUUAUUCCGAAUCUCCAAGCAUGUGGCUUCGGACAUAUCAUAAAAGUUAACAACAACACCAUAGACAGAAAAUUCAUCCUUGCCUUACAAGAGCGAUGGAGGCCUGAAACCCACACGUUUCAUCUUCCAAUAGGUGAGUGUACUAUUACUCUAGAGGAUGUUUAUAUGUUACUUGGUCUGCCCAUUGAUGGCAAGGCUGUUAAUGGAUCUGUUCAACAUGCUAAUUCAAUGUGUGAGAGAGUGUUGGGAAGAGAUCUAGUUGUGCCUACUCAAGGUUCAAGAGGCCAGGGUAUCAGUCUGGUCUCCCUUAGAGAUUACUAUGAUGAACUCGUCUUGAUGGACAACUUUACUGAGGAGCAUGUUUGGUUAAUGACUAAGGUUUAUAUAAUGUUGAUGUUUGGUAAACUUUUAUUCCCGGAGUCGACAGGUAACACUGUCAACUUUUUCUAUUUAAGUAAAUUUGACAGUAUUAGCAAGAUUAGGAAAUAUAGUUGGGGGUCCGCCGUUUUGGCGAUGUUAUACCAGUCUCUUUGUAAGAACGCGGUUGCCGAGAAGUGCACCUUCUAUGGAUGUGCGUUCCUCCUACAAGUAUGGGGUUGGUGGAGAAUGCCGACGCUGUCCCCGGUAGGCAGGAACAACUACACGUUCCCUUAUGCAACAAGGUUCUGUGGUCCUAAAUUGGAUUACAGUAAGAAUCCGAGGGGGAGUGUUGUUUUAUAUCGGGACCUAAUUGAUCACCUCCGAGCUGAAGAUGUAUUAUCCCUAAACUUUUAUAUGAUCAUAUAG